CUCCAAGCGAGACUGACCAGAAGAAGAGUACUCGCCAUCAGACGUCUAAACCGCGCGUUUUCUUCUCUAUCUAACCCUGAUCAAGUUAGAUUUCGGAAACACGCGAUCAUCAACUCAAGCGAGUUAUUAAACCGGUUUGCAAGUAUUAUUUUUCUUUUAAAGCGUACGCAACUGCGAGUAAAAGCAGUUUCUUUCUUUUAAAUCCAUGCACGGUGCUGAACAAAGACUUUUCAUCUUAUCAACUAUGAAGAUCACCAAAGAAAGCUUCAGAACUCUUCUCCUCUCUCACCGAAGCGCAACCUUCCGCCUUGAAUUCCUUCAGACAGAAGACGAGACUCUUUGCAAUUGGCGUUAAAGUUGCAGUGAGGUUCUUUACGCUCUCCGUGGUGCUGAGAGGGACGUCAUGACUGUUUUGCUUUGAGCUGUGUGUCUGUGUCUCCGCCCCCACACGUCAUUUACACUCACCACAAACACUCCCAGAGCUUCAGUCAGCGCCAGUAACACAGAGACGCAGCACAGCCUACACACCCGAAAACCCCGCGCAGGACCGAGUGGAAAACAUGGCUGUUAGUUUCUUUCACAUUCCCGACCACGGGUACUCUGAAAUGGAUGAAGGCUGAAUUUGCACCAGAGAAGGUCAUGAUGAAGAUCCAAAUAGAAGGUAAAUGAUAGAAGUAUACAGUUCAUUCCAGGAAAGAUGGAAUCUAACUUCAGUCUUGCUGCAUGCUUCGGCUACGCCAAUAAGACAAAUCUGGUUGUGGAAUGUCCUUUCGAGCUGGCGGAAAUGGUGCUCAUGAUUCUGGGACUGAGCUCUUUGAGUCUGAUUACAGUUAUUGGCAAUGUUCUGGUCAUUGUCUCCAUAAAGGUCAAUAAGAACCUCCAGACAAUUAAUAACUACUUCCUCUUCAGCUUAGCAUGUGCAGACCUCAUCAUUGGUGUGUUUUCUAUGAACCUCUACACAAUCUACAUUGUGAUUGGCUUCUGGCCUUUAGGGCCUGUGAUCUGUGAUCUGUGGUUGGCUCUCGACUACGUGGCAAGCAAUGCCUCUGUCAUGAACCUCCUCAUCAUCAGCUUUGAUCGCUACUUCUGUGUCACCAAGCCGCUUAGCUAUCCAGUCCAGAGGACGACCAGGAGGGCGGGUAUGAUGAUCGCAGCUGCCUGGAUCUUGUCCUUUGUCCUGUGGGCUCCAGCUAUCCUCUUCUGGCAGUUCAUCACGGGUGAACGCACAGUGGCCCCAGGCACAUGUCAGAUUCAGUUCUUUUCCAAUGCUGCGGUCACUUUUGGCACGGCCAUCGCUGCAUUCUACCUGCCCGUGGUCAUCAUGAGUGUGCUGUACUGGCAGAUCUCAAGGGCUAGUCGCAGCCGAAUCAGAAGGAAAAGCUGUCACAAAACGCCUGGGGAUAGUCAAGAGGGCAGGACUCAAACCACAGUCUUGGCCAGUGAGGAAAAAAGAGAGAGGAACGAAAGCCAGGAAGCAGAGGGUUUGCAAGUGCAGCACAUUUUUUCCAGCACUAUUAUCGGUGAGGACAGGGAGAGUGAAAAUGAUUCCAUAUCAGGCAGCAUCUUGGCCUCAUCCAGUCAGAGAGUGGACGCGGUUUCUAAUGGUGACAUGAAGAGCACUCAAACGAAAACUUUGCCUCAAGUCAGAAAAAGCCAGACAAAACUUUCUUGUUUUCGAAUUUCAACUGAAAGGACCAGAGGUAAGGAUGCAAAUCAGAACACCAGCCAUCACAAGGAGAGACAGAGUCUGUUGGCCCUGAUCUUCAUGCCUCCAAACAAGAAAAACAGGAAGAACGGGUGCUCCAGAGAGAUGAAGGUUACAAGGACCAUCAUGGCUAUUCUUCUGGCUUUCGUGAUCACAUGGACCCCUUACAAUGUCAUGGUGUUGAUCAACACUUUCUGCCAGACCUGCAUCCCUAACUCUAUGUGGGUACUGGGCUACUGGCUCUGCUAUAUCAACAGCACGGUUAACCCCGCCUGCUACGCCCUGUGUAAUGCUACCUUCAAGAAUACCUUCAAGCAGCUGCUGUUGUGCAAGUACAAAAACAUUCGCAAUCUCAGAUAAAACAUGAGUGUGUUAAUGAGUUUAAUGUAAGACUUUGGAUCCAUAUCCAAAAGCCAUUGAGAGCUCUUGCUGGAUCCGGGUUUUUCAAUUUAAAUUUUUUUGACAGAAAACAGGGAGUGUGUACUCACACCAUAAGAAGGACACAUCGCAUUCAAGUCACGUUUAGUAUGUGGCUUAGAAAUGAACAGGGCUGAAAAACUGAAGGUACCCAGUGGAAACAAUUAUAGCUUUGUAAACGCUGUGUUAGUAUGACUUCAAAUAAAGCUAGAUGUUACCAAAAAAGAGAAAAUUAAAGAUCAUUUAACAUCAAACCAGAUCGGUCAUUCAUUCAGUCAUCUUCGGGAACUGCAUUAUCCUGGUCAGGGUCAUGGUGGAUCUGGACCCUAUCCCGGGAUCACAUUUUUCCUUCACAGGACAGGACACCAAACGCGUGUGGAGGAUCCUAUCUAAGACAGUUUUAUGAUUUGCAAGUACAUUUACCAAGCUGGAUACGAAUGAGUUUACUCAACAAGUUGAACUCAAUGCCAACAGCAUCAUCAAAUCCAGUUCUUCUUGUUACAAAGCUGUAUACCAGAAAUAUCCUUAAAUUAUUCUAUCCACUUUCACUGGAUAUGAGCAAUCGCACGCUCUGAUCGGCUACUCUACUACUAGGCUAUCAGCUCAUAUACCGUGAGGAGAGAAAAACAAAAUGGCGGAGCGUGUUGCCGAACCAACCGAGGACGAAAUAUAAACUCUCCUCGAAAACAAACACACACACACAUAUAUAUAUAUAUAUAUAUAUAUAUAUAUAUAUAUAUAUAUAUAUAUAUGAGAUGAAACCUACACAGAUAUGAGGAGAACAUGCACAGACAGUAACCUGAGUUUAGGAUGGAACCAGGGAACUGGAGCUGAGAUGCUGCAAUGCUACCCGCUGCACCACAAAAGUGCUAAACCCCACACACUUCAUCAAUACAGACUCUGGAGCCUUGACCUAAUGCAUGUAAUGUAUUGUAGAAUUAUUCUCAGAUACAACUCUGCUAAUAAAUAAAGAAUGCCAUGCUUUGCUCUAUGAACUAAUGCGUACAGUAUUUACGAUUGUGGUGUUUUUUUUUGUUUCUGUGAAAAACUAAUAACUUCUAUCUUUGUGUUAGCAGAGGAUCCUAUCUAAGACAGUUUUAUGAUUUGCAAGUACAUUUACCAAGCUGGAUACGAAUGAGUUUACUCAACAAGUUGAACUCAAUGCCAACAGCAUCAACGGGACGCCUCCACCAUCAUCAAAUCCAGUUCUUCUUGUUACAAAGCUGUAUACCAGAAAUAUCCUUAAAUUAUUCUAUCCACUUUCACUGGAUAUGAGCAAUCGCACGCUCUGAUUGGGUACUCUACUACUAGGCUAUCAGCUCAUAUACCGUGAGGAGAGAAAAACAAAAUGGCGGAGCGUGUUGCCGAACCAACCGAGGACGAAAUAUAAACUCUCCUCGAAAACAAAACCACAAAAAAUACAAAAAAAAAAGCAACAAAAUAUGGAAUAAAAGUAUUUGAUGGUAAAAACAUAUUUUUGUAUUUUUCAAGAAUUAUUUUUAUCGCAUAUUACACAAAUUGCUCCUGUCAUUUUGCCGGUUUAUUUGCCUUCUAAGCGGAAAUGAUUUGGUCGGACGUUUUGUAUAAAGUUUUUAUUGAUCAAAUUUGCAAAAAAUAAAAAUGCUCCGUUUUUCAAAAUCCAGUGAAUAUGGAUGGAAUAAAACAGCUAUUCUACUCAAACACGUCAUACAUGGCUUAUAGCCAACUUGGUGCUACGCGCCUCGUCGGCUAUCAGCUCAUGUACGACUCGAUUUCAUGGAAUAACUCUUAAAUAUUCUUCAGACAUGAAAGAAGGUAUUGAAGAAAAAGUAUUCCAGAUAUUUGACCUUGCCCCUGUUUGGAUCAGUUCCAAAAAAUCUGGGGUGGGUUUCCUGAAAGCCUCUUAAGGCCAAGAGUGUCUUUAACUACCACCUAAGAUCCAUCGUCAAGCUAACGUGGUUUUCCCGAACAACGUCGUAACCCAAGUAGUGUCAGUUGCUCUGAAUUUACGAGGGACCCGGACCACUCAUUCAAAACAAAGAGCGACUCGCUCACAGCCGAAUACACACGCACCUCCGAGGGACUCUCACAGUCAACGGGGGAAACUGGUGUUAAAUCUGCUGGCAGUGUUGAAUUAUUUUUCUUGUACAUUGCAAGUACAUCGAGUUAAUUAUUUAAAUAAAUAUACACAAAACAUUA